UAUUUUUGUAAACUGGAUGCAAAGAAGGGAUUUAAAGGGAGUGUAAUGUUUAUUUAUUUAUAAAAAUUAAAAACUUUAUAAUAACAAUCUUAAAUAAUGUUCAAGAAAUUAAAAGAGAAAAUUACCGAGGAGGUGAAAAUUAGUCCUCAAAGAUUCCAACAGUUGACUCAAAGCGUAAGCGAUAAAUUACAAGGAACCAGUGCUCCAGAUGAAAAUAUGUUUUCUAUUGGGGAAGAUGAUAAGGAUGACAAUCCUUCAAAUACUUCAAUGCCUGACCAAGGAUUUUCAAGUGUCUCGUUAGUAUCUCCCAGUACAGAAAGUAAAAGUCGCAGAAUGUCAAACUCUUCUAUGGCAAGUGAUGUAUCUUUCCUACCCAGAUAUGAACCAGGAAGUUUUUACCAUUUACAGUCCGACUGGGAUGCGUCAGCCAGCGAAUUAGAAGACAAUAUUUCCCAGUCCUCCUCGAAAGUGGGAAACGUAUCUAAAGAGCAAAUCUUAUCGGCAUUUCAAAAAUCACAAGCGCGUUACCACAAGUACCGAGGCAGGUACACAGACCUAGCCAGACACUAUAAAGAACUAGAGAAAGAAAACGCAAAAAUUAAGGCCGUACUUGUGGACACUCAGGAUAAAGCAAUACGGCGGGCAAACGAACUAAAAGAGCAAUGUUCUCUUGAAAAAGAUGCGAAAGCUCACUUAGAAAGUGCUCUCAGGGACGAACUGGAUGAGAAACAGAUGAAAAUUCAGUCAUUAGAGACGAAAAUCGGAUUGUUAAAGCAAGGUAAUAGCAGGGAUAGUUUGAUUGAGCUGGAUAAGAAAGAAGGCGUGGAUAGUGAGAAAUUGGAACAAUUCACAAAGUAUUUAAAUGAAGCGAGGAGUGAAAUUGAGGCAUUGAAUAGUAAAAUUCAGGAGUAUAAGGCUAGUGCCAUUGUGUUUCAAAGUAAAGAAAUCGAGUAUAAGACAAAAGUUGCUGGUUUGGAGAAGAGUAUUAGUGAGUUAUCUGAAAGAGAAAAAGAAACUAAUUUAAAAUUUGCUGAAAACAAAAUGGAACUACACAACGAAUUACUAAACAAAGAUUCAGAAAUAAACAGACUUAAAACAGAAAUAGAAUCUCUACGUACCACCAUUAGUUCCCAUGAAAAAGAGAAUAAAUCUGUAAGAAUGGAAAACCUGCAAUCCCAAAACAGCAAAUUAAUAGAAAAAGUGGAAACCUUAACUCAAAAAUGUAACGGACUGGAAAACGAAUUACUAAAAAUAGAAAAGUACAAAUUAGACAUUGAGGAGCUUAAUAAGAACAAUUUGGAAUUAACGAAAUCAAUUGAGGCAGAACAGGAAUUAAAUAGGAAAUUAAUGAUCGAAAAGGAUCAACUACAAAAUAUUAUCACCGGACUGAAGAAUGGUUUGAGCUUCUGCCAAGAAGAUUUAAAAAGGAUAUCUGAAGAAAAACAAACCCUAAUAAAAACCGUCCAAACAGAAAAACAAACUUACGAAAACCAAAUUGAAGAACUACGAGAAGGCGCUAAACAAGGCUUACUUAAACUAGAAAAACUAGUCUCUGAUCGGUUCAAUCAAAGCUAUAAAGAACGGGAGGCACAAAUUAAGCAGGAAUUUGAACAGAAAAUUAAAGAAAUAUCCCUAAAUAAUGAGAGCCUUGCCGAGACGCAUGUGCAGCUAGUCGAAAGAGAUCAUAUUAUAAAAGAUCUCAGAAAUCAACUGAGAGAUGCAGAAAAUGAAUUGAUUGAGAAAGACCAGCGAUACAAGCACUUAGAAAAUAACCAUUUGGAACUUAUGGACGAAAGUAAUCAAUUAAGAAAUUCUGUAACUGUUUUACAAAAGCAAAUCACCCAGUUUCAGAAGAAUGUUAAAAAUUUAGAGGAAGAAAUUGAAAAGUUAGAGAGCAUGUGCAAUGAUAAGGAGAAGCAAAAUGUUUCUAUGGCUAAAGAAAUUUUAAAUUUGGAAACUACUAAUGCGGAGUUGCUUCAGAAAUGUAGACUUCUCGAAGAAAAACAAGAAUCCCUCGAACUGGAAACCACCGAGAACAAUUUAUUCGAGAUAAAGGUUCAAACUUUAGAGAAAGAAAAACAAUCUCUAUUGGAGAGUUUCGAGUUGGAGCGGAAAUUAUUUAACAAAGUCAUGGAGGAGCACAACGAGGCAAAAGUGAAAGAUAUCGUUAUAAGCGAACUGGAAGAACGAAACAAAAAAUUGGAAGAAAAAAUCGCGAGGCUAAAAGGAUUCCUAAAAGAAAAGGAAAAAACCAUUGUAGAAGUGAACAAAUUAAAAUUAGAAGUUGAACAUGAACUAGAGAAAGCCAAGGAAGCGUUAAGGAUAAUGGAAGAGCGAGACGAAGCGAUAAACAUGGAUAAAACCGAAUGUAAUUUGUUGCAAAUUAAAGUGCAACAGUUGCAAAACGAGAAGGAGUGUCUGAUAAAAUCGUUUGAACGUGAAAGGGAGGCAUACGACCAAAGUUUCCAUAAAAAAGAUGAGGAGCUCGUUAGCCACAAGGAGGAACUUAAGACAGAAAAUGUGAUUUUAGCUAAAGAAAAUUUGGAAUUAAAGAAGAUCAAUGAAGAGCUGUUUGGCAAAGUCAGAAUAUUUGAAGAGAGACAACAGGCAGUUGAGCUGGAGACAUCAGAAUGCAAUUUACUGAAAUUAAAAUUGCAAGAAAUGGAGCUAGAACGCAAUGAGCUUUUAAAGAAUUUCGAGGCAGAAAGGGUGCUUUUUAAUAAAAUUUUAGUCGAACAUCAGGAACUAAAAGUUAAAGAUGAAAAAAUUAAAGAUCUUGAAGGUAGUAAUCAUAGGUUGACCGAAAAAGUGGCAAAAUUCAAGGAAUAUUUGAAGAAAAAAGAGGAAACUAUCGUUAAGUUGCAUAAGGAUAACUUGGCUAAGGAACAAGAAAUCGCGAAACUGCAAGAGUUGCUCCAUAUCAAGCAAGAGCAAAUUGAUUCCUUGGAAAUAGAAAAAACCGAAUGCAGUCUGCUAGAACUGAAAGUGAAAUCAUUGGAAGAAAAAAAUAAAAAUUUAUUAGACUCGUUUGAAACUGAAAGGAAAACAUUCGAAAGGGCCUUAUCCAAAGGAAGUCACAUAGAAAAUAAAAUAGACGAGUUGAAUCAGCAAAUAAUCCAGUUAGAAGAGAAAAACUCCGAAAUGGAAAAUAGUUUUCGUAAGGAGAAACAAGAUUUAAUAGAUACGUUCGAGCUAGGAAAUAAAAAAUCUGAACUAUCUGAGGAUCAACUAAAUAAACUAACUAAAGAAAUUAUUCUUUUAAAAGAAGAAAAGGAAAAUCUAAAUGCUAGAUUAAAAGAAGAAAGCGAAUUUUCAAACGGGCAAAUUGAUCUGCUUAAGGAAGAGGUAGCGAGGUUGCAAAAGGCCAUUGAUUAUUUAACGAAAGAUCUGCAAACUAGACAAGAAAGGAUCGAAGAACUGACCACUAUAAUGAACCAACUACGGAACGAAAUAGAUCAAUAUGAAGAGAGGCACAAGAAAAUGUCAGAAACCCUGAAAAAUGAAAAGAAGCAAAAGAAAGACGCCCUGGCGAAAUUGAAGAAUAUGCAAGAGGAAUUAGAUAAGAAUAAUAUUGAGAUAAAUAAGAUUAAGCAAGCAUUAGAAAGCGUGGAAAAAUUAUAUGAAGAAGCUAAAAAUAAACAUUCUGGCGAUGCUGCCCUACUCGAUGACACGAGAAGAAAAUUAAGCGAAUUGGAGAAUGAGAAAAUUAAGCUGAACAAUGACUUAAGAAAAAAAACGGAGCAGUUUAAUUUUAAAACCAAAGAAAUGGCCGUGAUAGAGCAGCAAUUUACUGUACUCACUAAAGACAAAGACAGUUUGAUGCAGGAAAACAAACAGUUAAAAGAAAAGCUGGAAGAAACCAUUCAGGAGCGUGAUAGUUUAAAACCACUCAAAUCUAAAAUAAAAGAUCUCGACCAAUUUAAAAAACAAAAUGAGGCCUUACAAAGCGAAUGCGAUAAACUGAAUCAAGAAAUUUCGGAACUUAAAGUGAGAGUGAACCAGUUAUCUUCCGAUAAUAAAAAUAUUAAUGAAGAACAUGAUAAAUUAGUCGAUCAGGUUGAAGAGUAUAAAGCGAGAUGCGAAUUGUUGGAAAGCGAGAAGGAAAGUUUCGAAAAGUCCAGAACGGAAUUGGAACGGCAGAGAGAUCAAUUAAAGUCUGAAAUAACCACACUAACAGACCAAAACCAUUCGCCUUCGGAUGUACCAACCUCAAACAAUGUGGAUAUACUUCAAAUCCAGCAGGAUUUUCUCGACUUAAAAGAUAAAUGUGAUAAACUCCAUGAAGAAAACAAAAAUCUGAAAUCUGAGUAUGAGCUGCUGGAAGAUCAGUGCAACAAUUUUAGUAAAGUAAAAAAGGAUUUAGAAAAUAAACUGGAAGAACAAGAGAUGCAUUUUAACGAGUUGCUGCAUGAAAAGCAGCUUCUGCAAGACGAGGUGCAAGAGCUUAAAAUUUCCCCAAUAAGCAGUAGUACCAAUAGCAGCAAUAGCAAAUUAGAUAAUUUAGCAAUUGUAAGACAAGAAAUGUCCAUGCUCUCCUCAAACGGGGGCGACAACGACCUACUAACCAAAGAAAUCGAACAUUUAAGGGAAAAACUGAGCCAAUACCAUUCGCUAGAUGUAACAAAUAAAAGUUCUAUUGAGUUUUACGAGCACGAGCUGCAAAAGAUGAAAACGAAAAAUGAGAAAUUAAACAGGCAAUUGGAUGAAACUUUGGUGACUCUAAACCAUUGCGCCGAAUUAUCUAGCAGUACGGAAAUUGAAUAUUUAAGGAACGUGCUGUAUAAUUACAUGUUGGGUAAAGAGAGUUUGGUUUUGGCACGGGUUAUUGCUGCUGUUUGUAAGUUUGAUCCGACGCAAACGGAGGCCGUUUUACAAAAGGAACAACAGAAGCAAACGUUGCUUGGACAAUUGGGCAUUCUCUAGCAUAAGGACGAACAGCCGAACGGUUCCGGAUACAGCUAACGGUUCAUUUUGAACUAGAAAUAAAAAUAAGACAACGCGAAUUAUGGACAAAAAAAAUGCAGAAUAUACUAACAGGAGUAUGGGAGAAUAUUAAAAAAUUACCCUUCAUGACGCCGAAUAGUAUAUAAGCUUACUUACUGUAUAUAAAUAAAAUUAUAUAAUUAUUUU